AGAACCGCAUAUGAUCGCCUCUGUAUGGUUAUAUGUUUUCCAACGCUAACAUUUUUGGCGACCCAGGACGGGACCUUGUGGGCGCAGCCAGGACCCCGCGACCCGAUCACGCUCCAGCCGGCACCGGGUGAUUUCUCGGGGAGCCCAUCGGAGCCGCGACCCUCGCCGCUCACAACGACCCCUGGUGAGAGAAAGUAGGAAACUAUUUGCCUUUGAGUGGGAACAUCCAGAAAGUGGAAGAAAAACUCAGCUCACCUGGAGUCGAUUACCGAUGGGGUACAAGGGGUCGCCCACUCUCUUUGGAAGUCAACUGGCAAAAGAACUGGAAAUCUGGACCAGAGAAGGGCAAGUACCAAGAGACCAAUAUUUAUUACUCCAGUAUGUAGAUGACAUUUUGAUUGCAACAGAGGAAGAAAUGACCUGCAUAAAGGUAACCAUUGAGAUCUUAAAUUCACUAGGAAUGGGAGGGUAUAAGGUAUCCAGAGAAAAAGCACAAAUUGCCCAACAGACUGUGAUUUACCUGGGAUGUGAAAUCUCACAAGGGCAGAGAAAACUGGGUACUAAUCGUAUUCAAGCUAUCUGUGCUAUUCCAGAGCCUCAGAAUCUACACGAGCUGCGGAUCUUCCUCGGAAUGACAGGGUGGUGUCGCCUGUGGAUCAUGGACUAUGGACUGAUUGCAAAACCCUUGUACGAGGCUCAGAAGACGCAGCCGUUCACCUGGGGCAAACCACAGAAAGAGGCCUUCCAGAAGUUAAAGGAAGCACUGACAACUGCUCCUGCUUUGGGGUUACCUGAUCUGUCUAAAGACUUUCAGCUGUACGUGCAUGAAAGGCAGCGACUGGCACUGGGAGUCCUGACCCAACGACUGGGAAGCUGGAAAAGGCCGGUGGGUUACUUUUCCAAACAACUCGACAACGUAAGUGCCGGAUGGCCUUCAUGUCUGCGAGCAGUGGCAGCUACCGUGCUGCUGAUACAGGAAGCCAGGAAGCUCACAAUGGGAAGACACAUAGAUGUCUAUGUGCCACACAUGGUAACUACAGUCCUGGAACAAAAGGGGGGCCAUUGGCUCUCUCCAAGCCGGAUGAUGAAGUUUCAGGUAACCCUGACUGAGCAGGAUGAUGUUACACUAAAAACAACUAACCUCUUGAAUCCAGCUCUAUUUCUAGGUGCCACAGCUGAAGAAGGUCCAUUAGAGCAUGACUGUCUAGAAGUCAUCGAGCACACUUAUUCAGCAAGAACAGAUCUGAAGGAUGUCCCCCUGGAGCAACCAGAGUGGGAACUCUUUACAGAUGGAAGCAGCUUCAUGGAGAACGGAGCCAGAUACGCAGGAUAUGCGGUAACUACAAUUGAUGUAGUAAUAGAGGCAAAAUCACUACCACCUAACACGUCUGCACAAAGGGCAGAACUAAUCGCAUUAACCAGAGCACUCGAGCUGAGUGAAGGGAAGACAGUGAAUAUUUGGACUGAUUCCAAAUAUGCCUUUGGAGUAGUGCAUGUACACGGAGCUUUAUGGAAAGAAAGAGGACUGCUGUCCUCCCAAGGGACAAAUAUUAAACAUCAAGAUGCAGUCCUACAAUUGAUAGAUGCAGUACAAAAACCUGAACAAGUAGCAAUCAUGCACUGCAAGGCACAUCAAUCAGGCAACUCCAAAAUUUGUGAAGGAAAUCGAAAAGCAGAUUGGGCAGCCCGUCAGGUAGCGCGAGAGGUGCAGAAAACAAUGGCGUUGAUACCAUCAAGACUUAAUAUCUCUCAAUUUAAUUUGCCUCCGAAGCCAAACUAUACAAUCGAAGAUGACAGACUAGCACAACUGCUGAAGGCACAGAAGAACGCAGAAGGGUGGUAUGUAACCGCACAAGGGCAAAUAGUGGUACCUCCUUUGGUAAUGAGAGAAAUUUUACAGGUAAAACAUAAUGAGUGUCACUGGGGUGCAGAGGCGUUGGUAAAGUGGCUAAGACAAUACCUAAUCUCAGUACGGAUGCAAACAAUGGCCAAGUCAGUAAUGUCUAAAUGUGAAAUCUGUCUGAAAAACAAUCCCGUAGCUAGACGACAGGCACAAUUAGGCAGAAUUCGGAUAGGAAUAGAACCAGGAGACUAUUGGCAAGUGGAUUUUGCAGAACUGCCAAAAACUCGGGGAUACAAAUACCUGUUAGUAGGGGUUGACACGUUUUCUGGAUGGCCAGAAGCCCUUCCCUGUCGCACAAACCAAGCAAAGGAAACAGUUAAGUGGUUAUUACAGGAGAUCAUUCCCAGGUUUGGGGUGCCCCUAGGGAUAUCAUCAGACAGAGGCCCACACUUCAUAGCCACAGUGGUACAAGAGGUAAGCAAGUUAUUGGGAAUAUCUUGGGACCUCCACACACCAUGGAGACCCCAGUCAAGUGGGCAAGUAGAAAGAAUGAACCAGACACUGAAGAGGCAGAUCAGUAAAAUAUGCCAGGAAGCCAAACUGCAGUGGCCACAGGCUUUGCCGAUCGCAUUGCUGAGGGUUCGGAUAAAGCCUAGGAGUGGGAUGUCAGUUAGUCCUUAUGAAAUAUUGUAUGGGAAACCAUAUGAAUCUCCUAACCCCAAUCCAAAUGUUCAUGUCACAGGGAAACAAGAUGUGUAUAAUUAUGUUCUGUCCCUCGGGAAAACUCUAGCUCGGCUCCGAAGUGUUCUCGUGUGGAACAGACCACUGGCCCUGGAGAAUCCAGUCCACAAUAUCGAACCAGGAGAUGAGGUAUACAUCAAAACCUGGAACGAAGAACCACUAAAAGAGAAGUGGACUGGUCCCCAUCAGUUUACAGAAUCCUGAAGAGAGAGAUACAGAAAAAGGCAUCUUGGAACAGGACCAUAAUGAAGGCAUUGGCACGGAACCCAGCACCUUCAAUCCGCAACAACAUCCCGGACAAAGCCUAUGACAACAGAGGAUUUGAAGAUGAACAUCCAGUAUGAACUCUGAAGCCUAAUGGACUGUAUUAAUUGAAAGCAUUUACACUUAGUAUAUUAGAGUGAAAAUACUUUCAAAGGGGGGAAUGUUGGUGGAGGGUUAAAAAAUAUAAUUUCUAGAUUGAGUAAUGUAUAGGGGGAGGAAAGUAGAGAACGUACAACUGGAACUUGACGCAGCUAGCUGGGAACAAGCGUCAGUUUCGGUAAACAGCUCCAUGCUAUUGUUUUAACCAAAUCAAGUGUGGAUCAGGGUAGAAGCGUAGGUAUGAUUUAAGAUAGUAACUAAGGAAUAGGAUAAUCAGUAUCUAGGGGUGGGGGUUAGUUAACGUGUAUAAUUUAAACUAUAAAAAUCACGAAUCGACUCUGUAUGCUUUGGACAUCAGAUUUGGGUGUAUUAUCACCCCGGUGUCCCGCGCGCUGGAAUAAAGAACCGCAUAUGAUCGCC